AAAAUGAUUAUCACUCGUCUUGUGAACAGCUCGUCCAACGUUGCACGGGCUUCGGCUCGUUCGCACCAUCGCGUAACCCAUUUACGCUGUGCCUGCUCUUCUGUACAAACCAACAACGGAUACGGCAGUCUCCACAGCUCCACUGAUGAUUCUAGAAGGUCGUUAACAGGCAUUGAUUGGGGCUUGGUCUAUCCCGAUGCUGUUGCAAGCACAUCGUACGGCAACACGCUUGAACCCUACAAGUCGUUGGAUGCCAUCCUAGUGCUGGGUGGCGGCCUCACGGGGCCAGACUCCUUGCCCCAGUGGGUGGAGCGGCGACUGGACACGGCCCUGUCAUUGCAGCGGCUCCAAUCUCGACCAUGUCCCAUCCUCAGCCUCGGCGGCGGCACCCCCCACAAGGAGCCCUACCUGGACUCCCGCGGCUUU